AUUCUCUUAUCUCGAACCAUCGGCGAUCAGUCGUUCUAGAAAGGACUGCAAGUGCACAUGUGAAUGCACUUUUGCAAGGACUGGUGGAGUUAUCAGGCCAUCAGGGCAUCCCUUACGUCUCACUCGUGAGCCUUUUCUACCUCGUGCUUGGCUAUCUCCGAUCUGUUUCUGAGAUCAUCUGAUUUUUCACGUGCAUCCACUCGUGAGUCGUAUUGAUGGAUACAUAGCCGUCUUCCCUACUCACAGGUAUCAGUCUGACCUGGAUCAGAAGAAGUCAACACAGAGUCCACAGCUAUGACUAUAUCACGAAUUGAACGCGAUAAUUUGCGGCUCAUACAAAACACCACCGAACGAUGCACCGACUCCCUUCAUUGUGAGACGGCGAUUCAUACUCCGCCCUCAACCCUCGUUGCUAUCUUUCUUGUCCCCUCGGCUGUGAUUUCAUUGUUGUUCAUCUACAAGCUCCUAUUAUGGGGAAAACCCGCGCCGCCUGUUUCGAGUGAUGUGAGCCAUCAUUGCGAGAACAAAGCCAUCCCAGUGCCAAUCGAGGUCGAAACGCUCGUGGAAACUUUUGGAGAAUGGUCGCAACGAAAUAACGAGCUCCACCCAGGCAGAGUUCCGACAGAUCCGUUGUGUGUUAUUUGCAUCGAUACCAUAGAGAAAGCCGAUCAGAUCUCAGCUCUACCGUGCCUGCAUUUCUUCCAUCGCAAUUGCUUCAGUCAGCUCUUGCAAGCAAGGAUAGGACGGUGUCCGGUGUGCCAACAAGCUAUGACUCAAUGCGACACUGCUGUAAGAUCUGACCCUCUGGCCACGGAAGAAGUGUGAUAUGACCGCAUAUGCAGCACAAGUGGAAGUGUUUUUGACUGAAACUUGCUCACCUACGUGAACACCGCUUGAUUGAUGGCAAGGCACAAGAGAAUAUACAUUGUAACGCGAUCUCAAACAGAAUCAAAGGCAAACUUCAAGGUGUGCAUUAC